UGGAUGUGUAUAUCUUAUCUUAGCUAGAUAUAAAAGAAGUGGUAUCCAAAGAAACGUUUGGAAAGGGAAAAAAGGAUUGUUUGCUUUCGUGAGUUUCAGAGGGUAGUUGUAGAGAGAGACACAGAGAGAGAGAGAGAGAGAGAGCGAGAGAGAUAAAGGGAAUAUGGGGAGGGGUAGAGUUGAACUCAAGAGGAUAGAAAACAAGAUCAAUAGACAGGUAACCUUUGCAAAGCGAAGGAAUGGGCUUCUGAAAAAAGCAUAUGAGCUCUCUGUUCUUUGUGAUGCUGAGGUUGCUCUCAUCAUUUUCUCCAACAGAGGAAAGCUCUAUGAGUUCUGCAGUAGCUCUAGGUUCUUUUGCAUGCUCAAAACAUUAGAGAGGUAUCAGAAAUGCAACUAUGGAGCACCUGAACCCAAUAUAUCAACAAGGGAAGCACUGCAGGAGAUAAGUAGUCAACAGGAAUAUCUGAAACUGAAAGCAAGAUAUGAAGCAUUACAGAGAUCACAAAGGAACCUAUUAGGAGAAGAUCUUGGGCCUUUGAACAGCAAGGAACUUGAAUCUCUUGAAAGGCAGCUUGAUAUGUCAUUGAAGCAGAUCAGAUCAACAAGGACCCAAUUAAUGUUGGAUCAACUCAUGGAUCUUCAGAGAAAGGAACAUGAGCUAAACGAAGCAAACAAGACUCUGAAACAAAGGCUGAUGGAAGAUGCCCACCACUUAACUUUGGACUGGAACCCGAACCCGCACGAUGUCGAUUACGCCAGACAAACCAUGCAACCGGACACCGAUUACGGGAGACAAACGAUUCAACCCGACGGGGGCCAAGCUGCCUUCUAUCAUCACAUGGAUUGUGAACCCACUUUACAGAUUGGGUACCAGACGGACAGCCAUAUAACGUUAGGAGGGCCCAGUGCGAAUAACUUCAUUCCUGAGUGGUACCCAUGAAGAGAAGCCAGGCCCAGGACUCGGGCCCAGCCCACCAGUCCCUGUACGUGGUAUAAUGCUUGAAUAAGCCUGCCUGGUUGAUGCUGCUUUUCUUCACAUAAGAUUUCUACAAAUUUG